AUGCCCGUGCUCACGAGCGUUCAGUUGUGCAAGUCGGGACCCAAGAACGGAGUCGGGGCGAGCGAGGACUUGAUCCUGUCCGUGAAGGAGAAGGCGACGGAGCUUGCAAAGCUGAACCCAACGCAGCGGCAAGCUACCAGCCCGAUGCUGGACGGCAAGUGGAGGCUUGUCUUUAGCACGACGAAAGGACCCAGCAGCGGCAUGCUCGGGCCGUUCGUUGGAGAUGUGUUUCAGGACAUUGUGCUUGAGCAGGAGAAGUAUUUCAACAUCUUGGAGUUGGGUUUCGUUGAAGCCGUCCUGUCGGCUCACUGGGACGUGAUGGGGCAGGAGAAGUGGAGAGUCUUCUUCGACGACAUCCAGUUCAGUCUAUUCGGCAUCCCAGUCUUCAAGAAAGAAUUCUCCUCUUCUCAACGCGACCAAGUGUUGGAAGGGUUGGACACGCUGGGUGGAACAGAAAAGGAAGCGAGGAGUUCCAACAACGGGGGAAUCUGGGACAUGGCCUACUGCAACGACACACUCCGCGUGCUAUGGGCGUACGGGGUCCAGCGCGAGGCCAGCAAGGCGAGCAUCUACGUACUGGAGAGGGAGAAAUGA